AUGGAUUUCGCGGGACCACUGUAUCUAACAACCACAGAGGAAGAUGUCACAGAACGAAAGCUGCACAAGGCAUACAUUUGUCUGUAUAUGUGUGCGUCAACAAGGGCUCUGCAUCUCGAACUCGUGCCUAAUUUAUCAGUGUCUACCUUUUUACAGCCCUUUAGAAGGUUCACCACCCGAAGAGGAUUACCAACAAAGCUACUAUCCGAGAACGCAAAAUCAUUUAAGGCAGCGUCAAAGGAAGUCAACGGAAUUGUGAGAUCAGCAGAAGUUCAACGGUAUUUCGCAAACAAAGGAAUCACAUGGGAUUUCAUCGUGGAAAAGGCUCCCUGGCAAAGGGGUUUUUGGGAGCGAAUGGUAAAGUGUGUCAAACGCUGCCUGAAAAAGGUCAUUGGUCACGCGUCAUUGUCGUUUGAAGAAAUGAGCACCUUAUUGAUUGAGGUUGAGGCUACAUUAAAUAAUCGUCCGAUCACUAACGUGUAUAAUGAAGAGGAAGGAGUGUCUUACCUGUUAACACCCGCAAAGUUGAUCUAUGGUCGAAACAUUGCCACAACGCCGAAAGAUCAGCAUUUCAAAAUCAUUAGUCAAGGCUUUUAA